CGACCAGCCUACGCCGGGCAAGCCGCGCGCACACCAAGAGAGAGGCGUCUCACCAAGCAGCGACCUUCUCGCCUGCUUGGCAUCUAUCGCUCUUGUCUGCUCUUGAUCUGAUCCCCCCCUUGGGUCUCGGCAACCGGAGUUCUUCGUUGAGCUUACUAGCUUACGCUGCUCAUUUAUUAGCGCGUCAGCGUCACCCGUCACCAUGGUCGGGAGCAGCCCGCUGCAGGCCGUGCUGGUGGCCCCCGGCGUCAAGGACACGAAGGUGCUCGCGUUCGAGCGCCGCGACGCGCUCAAGGACAAGGACGCCGCCUCCGGCCUCCUCCGCGCCGUCCUCGCCGCCAACCCGGCCCAGCGGACCGCCUUCUACGCCUUCGACCUCGCCAGGGUCGUCGACCUCUACUGGGCGUGGCGCCGCGCGCUCGCCGGCGUGCGCCCCUGCUACGCCGUCAAGUGCAACCCGGACCCGGCGCUGCUCGGCGCGCUCGCCGCGCUCGGCGCGGGCUUCGACUGCGCCAGCCGCGCCGAGAUCGAGGCCGUGCUCGCGCUCGGCGUCCGGCCCCGCGACAUCGUCUACGCCAACCCCUGCAAGCCCGAGCCGCACCUCGAGUACGCCGCCGAGGUCGGCGUCAACCUCGCCACCUACGACUCCGAGGAGGAGGUGGCCAAGGUCAAGCGCUGCCACCCCAACUGCGAGCUCCUGCUCCGCCUCAAGGGCCCCGACGGCGGCGACGCCAGGGUCGACCUGGGCACCAAGUACGGCGCGCACGCCGACGAGGUCGUGCCGCUCCUGCGCGCCGCCCAGAGCGCGGGGCUUAACGUCGCGGGCGUCUCCUUCCACGUCGGGAGCGGCGCCAACAACCUCGCCGUGUACCGCGGGGCCAUCGAGGCCGCGCGCGCGGCGUUCGACGCGGCGGCCGCCCUGGGGAUGCCGCCCAUGCGCGUCCUCGACAUCGGCGGCGGGUUCGUGUCCGGCCCCACGUUCGAUGAGGCCGCGGCGGUCAUCAACGACGCGCUCGCGCAGCACUUCGGCGACCUGCCGUGCGUGGAGGUCAUCGGCGAGCCGGGGAGGUACUUCGCCGAGACCGCGUUCACGCUCGCCGCGCGCGUCAUCGGGAAGCGCACGCGCGGCGAGGUGCGCGAGUACUGGAUCGACGACGGCCUCUACGGCUCGCUCAACUGCAUCAUCAUGGACCACUACGUGCCGACUCCGAGGCCGCUGGCCGCCCCGCGCCCCGGCGAGAAGACGCACACGUCCACGGUGUUCGGGCCGACGUGCGACUCCCUCGACACGGUGGUGACCGGGUACCAGCUGCCGGAGAUGAGCGUGGGUGACUGGCUCGUCUUCGACAACAUGGGCGCGUACACCACCGGGGCCGGUUCCAACUUCAACGGCUUCGCCACGUCGGACAUAAAGAUUUACGUGGCGUACUCCAGCUGAACGUGAACGUCGACGACGUUGGGAUUAAUAUUUUUUUUUCUUUCUUCUUUUAGACCAGAGCAAUAUGGUCUUUCGAGAAGCUGUUCUUUUUUUUUAGGGAAUAAGUUUGUUCUUUCAAUGUACUUGGUUCCAUUUGACAUGUACCGAUUGCCAGAAAUUGAGUUAUUUUGUGCAA